AAUCGAUCAAGAUGAAUUGCACGUCAGCUUACGUUUCCGAUUUUUUUUUCUCCCUCGCGAGCCCUGUCCCCACACAUAUGCUGCUAUAGAUGGGCAAAGUUUAACACAGUCAAGCAGCCGAUUUCUGCUCUCUAAUGCUAAAACGAGCAAUGACGGACUACGAUGAUCGCAGCAACUGUGCGUCUAACAUGUAUUUACCAUACUAUGUCUCUGCGCCUGAUUUCUCAUCGGUCCCGUCGUUUUUUCCACAGACUACAUCGUGUCAAGUUAAUUUUCCCUAUUCGUCGAACAUAGCUCAAGUCCAAUCUGUUCGUGAGGUGUCUUUCAGGGACUAUGGACUGGAUCAUCCGAGUAAAUGGCAUUGCAGGGGCAAUUACGCUUCCUACUAUUCAACGGACGAGAAAAUGCACCGAGAUCUCUUGCAGUCUUCCAACAGAGCGGAAAUUAUUUUUAAAAACAAUUCCAUGUACAGUCAUCAUGGCAGCAGUAACUCCUCGUGCGGUUUCUUCACCAACGUCGGGCGAAACGGGGUACUUCCACAAGGAUUUGAUCAGUUUUUUGAGACUGUUAACCCCGAGAAGCCCAACCCUGAGCAGUCCAAACAAAAGCCGGAGAACAGUGUCCCCGGAGAUGCUGUAUGUAAUAAAGUGUAUACAGAUCGCGCGGAGCAGACCAAGCGAGACCCUACUGAAACCACAGAGGACGAAUCCUCAAUAUCAACAUGCGAUGAAGAAAAGAACAAUGGCUCAAGUACGACAAAGUCCAGAAAAAAGAGAUGUCCAUAUUCAAAAUACCAGAUCCGAGAACUUGAACGAGAAUUCUUUUUCAAUGUGUACAUAAACAAAGAGAAGCGUCUGCAGUUGUCAAGGAUACUCAAUCUUACCGAUCGACAAGUGAAGAUUUGGUUCCAGAACCGAAGGAUGAAAGAGAAAAAGUUGAACCGAGAUCGUCUCCAGUAUUACACUGGAAAUCCAUUGUUCUGAAAGUCAUAACAUUGUUCUAUUGGCUUCGGCAGAAGAUACAUUUUUUUAUAUAUUGUCAAGAACAUAGGUACCUCGACAAUCUCAUACUGUUGUCUAAUAAUGUUUGUUAAUGCCAUUGAAAUCCAAACAUGUUGUAUUUAUUAUAUUAUAUUAUACAUUGUUCAUUAUAUUAUAUUAUAUUAUAUUAUACAUUGUUCAAAUUGAAACACAUUCAAUUUAAGUAACAGUUCUCAUUGCGCAAGCAACACAUUCGUUUGAUUACAGUAAUCUAUACGUAAUUACAUUGAGGUAGAGUCUAGAUGUGUAUGCAUUUAUUCGU